GAGCAGGUGAGGGCCGUUGCUAGGCACGCGGCGCGGUCGUCAGGAGGCGGAGCUCCAGGGCGCGCGGAGGGUUGAGAGCGGGUGAGGGCCGUUGCUAGGCACGCGGCGCGGUCGUCAGGGGGCGGAGCUCCAGGGCGCGCGGAGGGUUGAGAGCCCGUGAGGGCCGUUGUUCGGCACGCGGCGCGGUCGUCAGGGGGCGGAGCUCCAGGGCGCGCUGAGGGUUGAGAGCCCGUGAGGGCCGUUGCUCGGCACGCGGCGCGGUCGUCAGGGGGCGGAGCUCCAGGGCGCGCGGAGGGUUGAGAGCCCGUGAGGGCCGUUGCUAGGCACGCGGCGCGGUCGUCAGGGGGCGGAGCUCCAGGGCGCGCGGAGGGUUGAGAGCCCGUGAGGGCCGUUGCUGGGCACGCGGCGCGGUCGUCAGGGGGCGGAGCUCCAGGGCGCGCGGAGGGUUGAGAGCCCGUGAGGGCCGUUGCUCGGCACGCGGCGCGGUCGUCAGGGGGCGGAGCUCCAGGGCGCGCGGAGGGUUGAGAGCCCGUGAGGGCCGUUGCUAGGCACGCGGCGCGGUCGUCAGGGGGCGGAGCUCCAGGGCGCGCGGAGGGUUGAGAGCCCGUGAGGGCCGUUGCUGGGCACGCGGCGCGGUCGUCAGGGGGCGGAGCUCCAGGGCGCGCGGAGGGUUGAGAGCCCGUGAGGGCCGUUGCUCGGCACGCGGCGCGGUCGUCAGGGGGCGGAGCUCCAGGGCGCGCGGAGGGUUGAGAGCCUGUGAGUGCCAUUGCUCGGCACGCGGCACGGUCCUCAGGGGGCGGAGCUCCAGGGCGCGCGGAGGGUUGAGAGCCCGUGAGUGCCGUUGCUCGGCACGCGGCACGGUCCUCAGGGGGCGGAGCUCCCGGGCGCGCGCGCGCGCGAGAAGAGUUGAGAGCCCGUGAGGGCCAUUGCUGGGCUCGCGGCGCGGUCGUCAGGGGCGGAUGGGGGCGAGGGGCGGAGGGCCGGCGGGGCCCCGGGGCCGCCUGAGCCCGUGGCUGCGCGGGGCCUGGCUGGUGGCCCUGGUCCUGGGAGCCAGGCGGCCCCCGCCCAAGGUCCCGUCCAUCGAAGACGGGUGGUUCAUCAAGGCCUGUGUGGACGUCCACAAUGAGCUGCGCGCCAAGGUCGAUCCCGCCGCCAGCAACAUGCGCUACAUGAGUUGGGAUGCGGCCCUGGCAAGGACAGCAAGAGCGUGGUCGAAGAAAUGCGUGUUUAAACACAAUACUUUUUUAGGCAAAAAAGGAGCUGUCCAUCCUAAAUUUAGAAGUGUAGGAGAAAAUAUAUGGCUUGGAGGCGUGGGCAAAUUUAAUCCCAAAAAUGCAAUUACUGCUUGGUACAAUGAAUUCAGGUCCUACACUUAUGAUACUAAACGAUGCACCGGAGUAUGUGGCCAUUAUACUCAGGUUGUUUGGGCUUAUACCUACAAAGUUGGUUGCGCUAUUAGAAUCUGCCCAAAACUUGGUGGAUGGAAUACUGGAAUAUUUAUAUGCAACUAUUCACCGGCAGGAAAUACUGGUGCACGUCCUUACAAAAGUGGAUCACCGUGCAGUCAAUGUGAAGAAGGGGACACGUGUCAGGACAAACAAUGUCGAAAUCGAGAACGUGAUAAAAACAUAGGUUAUCCAUAUUGGUGGUAUCCAAAAUGGGAGACUCCUCGCCCAAUUACAUGUGAUCCUACCUGCAUCGCCAUGUGUUUUUUUAGAUUCCUAGCAAUAGGCCUCACUGUUUUAAUUUCUGUUCUUCUUUACCGUAAGUUUCCGAAUAUAACAUUAAGAAAGUAAUUAGUAACAAAUUAGAAACUGUUAAUGAUCUUUCUCUUCUUUCACAUCCUUAGAUAUGUCUUCCACAUCAGAGGUCUGUUUAAAGUCAAUGAGAGUUCUAAAUGUGGAAGAGAUAGAAGGUAGAGAAAGUUUGGGAUUAAAAAUGAAGCAGUAAGAUUGUUGAAGAUAAACAGAUUGGCAGUCAUAGAAAUUUUGCAGUGAAUAUGAUUAGCAUUUUUCUUGCAUAGGUGUGUUUUAUCAAGGAAAAAUUACUUUAAACUAGUCAGUUUAAUGUAUUUUGCUUCUGACUCUCCUUUAGCAACAUUGUCACCUUCAUUAACAAUUGAAAAUGGAUUAUGUAAAUUGUCAUUGAAUAUUAAAUAUCACCACGGAUUUGCCUGUCUUCAAUUAAACGCUUGUUUUUAAAAUUGAAGAGGCCUAUCUUACUUUUAGAUUUAAAAUGAAAUACAAAUGACAAGCUGAUGUCAUCAUUUCAAAACUAUUGAAUUUGGGGAGAACUAUUUUAUUUUAGAUUCAGUACUUCCAAGGAUAAAUAUUUAUUCAUUUCAAAAAUAAAUAUUUAUUUAUCUAACCCAGGUCUUAUGGGUUCAAUAAUUUGAAAAGGUUCAGGAUUUACAAUUCUGAGUUGAAACAAGCUAAAACCAAUAGGGAUUCUAGAAUUCAGUUAUAGUAUGUAGUAACUUAUUUUAGUAUCACUCUAUCAGUAUUCUAUUGCUUUUUUUCCAACAGGUGACAUUAAUUAGAAUUCACCUGUUAAGAUGCCUUUCAUUUUAUUUAAAAGCCAAAUUCUGUAAAGUCACCAUACCAUCAAGGUCUGUGGUGGUUAUUUGGAUUGUUCUGUUGUUCUGGAAAAUUAUUUUAGUAUCCACAGAUUUUCUCAUUUAAAUCUGUAGUUAUCCAAAUAAAAAUUUCUAAUGAUUGUGACAUCAAA